GCCUGCCGGUCCAUCCUCCUCAGUGCUCCACAGAGUGCCUGCUGUCUGUUGCGAGCCGCCACCGCUUGUCGUUGCAGCAUUUCUUAAUUCAGUUCAGUUCUCAUCUUCGUUUAUUUAAUACAAACUGUUUUCCGUGGCGUCUAGUUCCCUCUCUGUAUUGUGUAUUUGCUCAACUACAGAUAAUCAAAUUUAUAUUGUGCAUGCAAAGAAAUAAGUAAAACAUGCAAAACGACUGCGAUCGCGGUUGCUGAACAGGCACAAUAUUCGACAAACAACGACGCCGCAUUUAACGCAACCAAAUAAUCCAACAAAGAAGCCGCCACAGUUGAAAUAUCAACACAAACCCCACUUAACAUAUUCCUAAAAACGGAAGAAACUAAAAACCGAAAUAACAACGAGAUGAAGUACUCAACUGGCACAACAGACAACGCGAUGUCCUGCGGCAUCGACAGCAACACAAACUCCAACAGUGCAUUAAACGAUAUGCAGCCCAAAACCUCCACACCCACACAGACACACUCCCACAAGGAGGCCACAUCUACGACAACGCCCGCGAAAACAGGCGCAACACAAAUGCAUACCACCCAUACCAAUACCAUUGCCAACAGCAACUGCAAUUCCAAUCCUCAUCAGCCGGCUAACGCGCUGUUCUGCGAGCAGGUGACCACAGUGACAAAUCUCUUCGAGAAGUGGAACGACUGCGAGCGAACCGUCGUCAUGUACGCGCUGCUAAAGCGUCUGCGCUACCCGAGCCUCAAGUUCCUUCAGUAUUCGAUCGACAACAAUUUGACACAGAAUCUGGGGACCUCGCAGACGAAUCUAAGCAGCGUGGUCAUCGACAUCAAUGCCAACAAUCCGGUCUACUUGCAGAACCUGCUGAAUGCAUACAAGACGUUUCAGCCCUGCGAUGUGCUGGAUGGCAUGUCCUCCUCCUCCUCCGACAAGGACUCGAUGCCGUGCUAUGGCAGCGAUUUUCAGAUCACAACCUCCUCGCAGUGUGAUGAGAGGAAGCUGUAUGCCCGCAAGGAGGAUAUACUCCACGAGGUGCUGAACAUGCUGCCGCUGCUGAAGCCGGGCAACGAUGAGGCCAAACUUAUAUACAUGGCCCUGAUUCCGGCUGCUGUCAAGGACACCAUGCAGCAGAUUGUGCCCACGGAGCUGGUGCAACAGAUCUUCUCCUACUUGCUCAUUCAUCCGGCCAUAAGCAGCGAAGAUCGACGAUCGUUAAACAUUUGGCUGCGACACCUCGAGGACCACAUUCAGGCAGCCGCCGCUGGUCUUACGAAUCGCAGCUACUUCCUGCAGCCCUCGCCACAACUGGUCGCAGGAACCAGCUCCACGGGCAGCUCAUCGGCAGCUAGUUCUUCGGCGGCCUCCUGCUCUUCGGUGGCCUCUUCAUCACUGAGUAACCUAGGGAGCAGCUUGUGCACCACUAGCAGCUCGCGAUCGUCGCGCAGCAAUGACUGGCAAACGAUUGCCCCGCCCAGCAAGCAGCAACAGCAGCAGCACAAACUCACCGGCGGCGACUGGCGAGGCAGCGGGGGCUCCAGCGGAUCGAUUAAUCCACUCUGUGAUAAUUUAAAUGGUAUUACCCUGAACGAAUUAGCUUCUAGUCAGAAUAGCUUAGGCCUGUCGCUGGACAGCAGCUCCUUGCUGGUCAACAGCGUCGUGGCGGGAGCGGCAGCGGGCUCAAUGCUUGGCAUCGGUGGCACCGAAGACCAUGACACGUCAUUCAGCAAGAAUGGCACGGAAAUCCUCGACUUUGAGCCCCCCAUUAUGGCAGAUGUGGGUGAGGCCAGCGGCAUAAGCAAUCUCUGUCAGCAGGUAAUAGAAAAAGAAGCCCGAAGUAAUCUCAUAAACAUAAUACUAAAUGAUCGCUUGCAGCCUCCCACCUCACAUCAUCAACAGCUGUUGCAACCGCCUCCGUCAGGUCCACAACUGCCCUACGCCUCGAUAUUGAUGGGUAAUGUGGGCGAUCAGUUUGGUGACAUCAAUCGCUGGAGUCUGGACAGCAAAAUAGCAGCCCUGAAGACGCGGCGCUCCAACAGCUUGACCACUCAAACAAUCUCCAGCUGCUCAUCCUCAUUCAACUCGUCAGUGAUCACGGUCAACGACAACUGCUCCAACUCCACAGAGAAUCUGGCCCAGUUUGCCAACAAACCGAGGAGUUUCUCUCUCUCCAUUGAGCAUCAGCGCGGAGCUUUGGCGAACAGUGGCUCCGAUACGCGGCUGGACGAGUUCAAGCCCGGCUACAUCAAGUUCCAGACCCGCAAUGUGGGCAUGUCGGGGAUAGGCCUCUGGCUGAAGUCCCUACGGCUUCACAAAUACAUUGAGCUGUUCAAGAACAUGACCUACGAGGAGAUGCUGAUGAUUACAGAGGAAUUCCUCCAGAGCGUGGGUGUCACAAAGGGUGCCUCCCAUAAGCUGGCCCUCUGCAUUGACAAGCUGAAGGAGCGUGCCCACAUCCUCAGCAGGGUGGAGCAGGAUCUGCACGCGGGACAGAUUAAGCUCAGUACGGCUGUCGAGGAGCUAACACACAUUGUGCUGACGCCAAUGAAACCCGUGGAGUCUAUGGGGCCACUGGAGGAGAACAUUGGUCAUCGCUUCCUCAAGGUCAUCGACCUGGUCAGCAAUGCCGUCCAGGCGGAUCCCUACUGUGUCCAGGACGAUGAAACAAUGGGUGUGUUCAUGUGGAUACUUGAUCGUUCUAUUCAUAACGAGGCAUUCAUGAACCAUGCCAACCAACUCAAGGAACUCAAGUUUAAGCUGUCCAAGCUGAAAAUCUCAAUGGUUUCAAAGCUGCACCAUGUGAAGACUCCCGGCGUACCCACUGGCGGCAACAUCAACAAACCCAGAUGGAAUGGCAAGACUCGCAAGUGUGAUCCCAAGAAUGGCAGCAGUGAUAGGAUUAACAAUCGGAAGAACUCUAAUGACAUGUUGAAUUUCUCCCUGAACUGCCUGCAGCAUCCCCUGCCGCAUCACCAGCAGCAGCAGCAACAACAACCACCGCCACCGCCGCUACAGCAAUUUGAGUACAACGGCUACGGCGGUCCGUCGCAUCAGCCGCAGUAUAAGAGUUCUUCAUAUCCCAGCUUCAUGAGCAAUCACCAACAGCAGCAGCAGCCACCCAAGUCGCAUCACCAUGCCCAGCAAAUGCAGCAGAUGCUUCAGCAGCACAACCAUUUCCCGGCCUUACCGCAGCAGACGCCACCGCAGUCGCAUCGUCGAUCGCUGAACAACCUCAUUUUGGUAACUGGUGGGCCACAGCAGCCGCAGCAAAUGGUCUUCAAGCCGGGCCAGGGGGUGCUUACCACCAACACCAACGGCUCCAACGAUAGUCUGGUCAUGGAUUCAAGGAGUCAGCAGCAGCCACGCAAGCCAAGCCUAAACGGUCUUAGCGCGAACGGAAAUGGUGGAGUGUCCAGUUCGGAGCAACAUCCAAAGAAGACCAUGGCCGCCGUGGUGAUGGUUAGUAGUCAGAGUCAGGAGUCGCAACACAGCGAUCAUCAGCAUCCACCACAAAUUUUAAUCAACAACAACAAUAACAACAACAUACUGAACAACAAUUUGAUUAACCAGCAACAGCUGCAGUUGCUGGCGGCUGCUGCCGCUGCAGUGGGCAGUGGCAGCUGUCUGUGCCCAUGUCCUGGUGGUGGUGGCGGCAGUGGAGGGGCCUGCAGCAACACUCUCUGCCAACAGAGCAGCAAGAACAACAAUCACACUGCAGAUCAUUGCCUGUCCCAGCCGCAGCAUCAGUUGAUUAGCCUAAGCAUGGCGCCGCACGAAUAUAAAAUGAACGAUUUUAAGAGCCUGGAACAGCUCGAGACGUUGUGCCGCCAAAUGACUGAACAGGCAAUGAACUGA